AUGGCAGAAGUAAAGCCAAAGUUCAAUGAACACAUCAUACAAGCACCAAAGCCUAUAGAAUCCAUUAAGAGGCCUAGCGCAGACGAGCCUUUGACGCGUUUAGAGCUGAGGGUAUCGUCUUCUUUGAAGCAAGCACUUGAUAAACUGAAACUUUCCUCCAACGACACGAAGACAGAAACAGAUGAGGACAACGGAGAGAUCAAAAUUGGAACUUUUUGUAAAAAUGGUGGCUGCACAAAGACAUUUGUUGGACCACAGAGUAAUGACGAAGUAUGUCAGUAUCACGCUGGAGUGCCUAUCUUCCAUGAAGGGAUGAAAUAUUGGAGUUGCUGCAAGAGGAAAACGUCAGAUUUUAAUACGUUUUUAUCGCAGGAAGGGUGCUCGAGGGGCUCACAUUUGUGGAUUAAAAAGAACGAUGGUAAAAAGGUUGUCCCAUGUCGGCAUGACUGGCAUCAGACAGGUGGAGGUGUCACCAUCUCAAUCUAUGCAAAGAAUUCUGUUCCUGAGCUCAGCUAUGUAGAGGCCAAUAGCACUGUGGUCAACAUUCACAUAGUGUUUGAUGGUGAGAAAGAAUUCCAGCAGCAUCUACAGUUAUGGGGAGUCAUUGAUGUCCAAAAAAGUUAUGUGAGCUUAACAGCAACAAAGGUGGAAGUUUUCUUGAAAAAGGCCGAGCCAAUGACCUGGGCCCGACUAGAGUUACCUCAGAAAGUUGCCCCUCCACCCCAAAACAAGGACUCUGAAGAAGCCCAAGACCCAUGA